AUGUCUGACUCUGAUUCAAAUUCAACAUCCUUCAGGCUUGAUUCAGGCUCAGACUCGGCAGAUGAAGGCACCCAAUGUCAUCCUGUGGCUCCACCGAGCAGUGGUGCUUCUAUUGUGCACUACCAAGAGUAUAUUAAAUAUCUUCAGCUUCAACAUGGGCAGCUCCAGCAGCGGAACAUGUCUCUGAACGAGAGCAACAAUGCAUCUGCAACAUCUGUGACACCAUCUGCAUCUGAAUCCACUGCAAUCUCUGGUACGACUCCUGACUCAUCGAAGACCAGUGGUGUCGACAAGGUUAUUUUGGGCUUGGCUAAGAAGUAUGCGUUAAUUAUGGAGAUGUUUCUCCCAGACAAAGUCAUUUUCCAAACAGACUGUCCUGACCCUCCAGUUGACUUCUCAAGUCCGGCUCAUUAUGCAAAGAAGUCUACAGAAAAGGCCGCACUCAUCACUGAACUUUACACAUCCAUCGACUACACGUUGCAUGCUCGGAUGCGAACAAAUCAUUUCUUCAACCAGUUUGGAAGUGGAAUGCAACAAGCUCGCUGUUCAUUUCUCAACAGCCUGUGUUCUGUCGCAGGUGGCAUCUUCAACAUGCCCAACAAGUUUUUUGUCUCCAAAUACGACCGUAAUUCCCUCCCACAGGUCAUGGACUUGAUUGGAUGGGAAGCAGGCAAGGGCCAAGCAUAUGAUAUCUUCAAGGCACCAAUACUUUACCCUGACCAUGUUGUGAAUGAGAAGAAGAUCUUCCAAAACUGGAUAGUCAUCGUGAAGGUUAUCAAGGUUGCAAUAUGUGGGAAGAUGUCAUUGUAUCCCAAAGCGCGCGGUGGACCACCUUCCUAUGCCAAGAUAUGGCAACUCACAAGCUGCACUCCUGGCCUGAUUGCUUUUGGUGUCACAUCAAUCAUAUUCAUCCUAUCACCAGACCAGGAAUUUUCAGGCGAUGGUGUUGGCACUAUUUCCUCGAUCUCAUAUCAUUCAAUCUUUAAGACUGUCAAGAAGAUUUUCAUCCUUAAGUGUGCGCAUCAGCGCAUCAAAUCUGUCGUCAAGAAAAUCAAUGGAUAUGUAUUUGAUGGUACAGUAAAGACACAACCAUCUGACGACACUUCAUGCACUGUAGAGCACAUCACCAAGUCACUCAAUCACAUCAUGGCUGCGCUGGAUGCCAGUUAUUCAGAUGAUUCAGACUUGAACCAGAGUGACAAAGAAUUGGAAUAUGUUAACUUGCCAGCAACCAAAGACACACAUCAUUCCACUGCAGCCACUACUGCCAGUGGUGCAGGGCUUGGUAUUCCCGAAUCUCAAGCAAAAGUGUCCAGGGGCAGGAAGAAAAAGUCAUUGACGGUCAAUGAUUCCACAACUAUUUGUCGCUCCUCACGUCACACUGCAACUACUUAG